AGGAGGUGGGGUUGCUGACAGACCGAGAGAGACAGCCAGGCAGCCUUUCACAAUAGUCGCAGGUGAAAUCGAUACAGAUGGCAAGGAUAAAAACCGGGUUGGCAAUGGCGGAAGAAUAAAGCAGUCAUCUGAUAAUUCCAUCUUGUUAACACAAUGCACUUCCUCGUUAUACUGACAACGACCAUUCUUUUGUCGUCAUCUCCAAGCAGCCAAUCAUCCAAUCACGGCAGUCAAGAGAGAAUCAGCGUUUCAACGGUAAAUAACUGGGCUGGAAAACUUGGCGGAGAGCUUUGGAUUCUGGGCGAAUAUGUUACCAGCAGAGAGGAAAUUCAGAAGAGCUAUAAGACUGCCCAGGUGUAUCGGAAAGAUGGUAACACAAUAGCAAGAGAAAUAGCUAAUGACAUCAAGAAUAUGACAGACCUGAAAAUUAGUGCAGUGAAGCGGAUUAUGGAUUCGGCGGAAGCAACAGCCGUAUCGCAACAGGAUGAGGUCGUGACAGAAUAUGAGUACUACAACACCAAGACGUUGAGACCACCUGGAGAGCCUCUGGAGAAAGGAGGAAAAGAGAUGAUUCUUACCCCUAAUAAACAUUUCUACAAUAUCCCUGUCAACACGAGCCACAGUGCAGUGCAUGUACCCACCAACGUUUAUGACCAAGCACCAGAUAUUCUGAAGGCCAUCAAGUGGUCGGAGAAUCUGAACGAAAUUUUCAUUAGAAACUAUCAGGAUGACCCUUCAUUAUCAUGGCAGUAUUUUGGUAGUUCUUCUGGAUUCAUGAGGCAGUAUCCAGCCAUGCAAUGGAGAAACGACUCAGUGGAUCUGUAUGACUGUCGGACACGCUCGUGGUACAUUGAGGCAGCCGCAAGCCCAAAAGAUAUGGUUAUCCUGGUGGACAACUCUGGUUCCAUGACGGGAAUAAGGAAAGAAAUUGCUCGUCAUGUGGUCAGCAACAUCCUCGAUACACUUGGCAACAACGACUUUGUGAACAUAUUUAACUUCUCGGAAGAGAUUGACGAGGUUGUGCCAUGUUUCAAGGAUGUGCUGGUUCAGGCAAACCUCGCCAAUGUCCGAGAAUUCAAACAAGGAAUGAAAGAUCUGCACACUGACAAAAUUGCUAAUUUCUCAGCAGUUCUUAUUAAGGCAUUUGAAUUACUGCAACAGUACAGAGAAACAAAGCAGGGAGCUUGCUGUAACCAGGCAAUCAUGCUUAUCACUGAUGGAGUCCCCUACAACUACAAGGACAUUUUUGAAGAAUACAAUUGGAAAAAUAGUGAUGAAAUGCCAGUUCGUGUCUUCACGUAUCUUAUUGGCCGAGAAGUAACUGAUGUCCGAGAAGUCAAAUGGAUGGCUUGUGCAAAUCGGGGAUACUAUGUACCGUUAAGUACGUUAGCUGAAGUGAGGGAGCAAGUGCUGCACUAUAUACCUGUCAUGGCCCGUCCACUUGUGUUAACGAAGACAGAACAUCCUAUUAACUGGACACCUGUUUACGCUGAUAUAACAGAUCCAAAAAUGACGGAUUGGCUGUGGGAAAAGAGGGAGUGUUCAGAACAGAAAGAAAUAUAUGAAAUAUAUUACAGGGACAGGUUUCGUAGCAAGCACAUAAGCAACGAAGAACACGACCGAAGAUAUGUGCAGAAGAUAAGAAGGGCACAGGACAAUGAUGAAGACAGUGAGGAUUACCAGAAAUACCAGCUCAUGACCUCCGUCUCAAUGCCCGUGUUUGACCAGAGGGAGAAUGCGAACAUCACUGAAUGGAUUCUCAUAAAUGAGGCGAUUUGGGUUGAAAAAAUAAGAGAGACAAGAAUUGCACAUCUGUUGGGUGUGGCAGGCACAGAUGUUCCAAUACAGGAUAUCCAGAAGUUGAUGGUGCCACAUAAGUUGGGAGUAAAUGGAUAUGCCUUUGUAAUCACAAACAAUGGUUACAUACUGACACAUCCUGACCUCCGCCCAGUGUUCCAGGGUAUUCUCAAACCCAGUUACAACAGCGUGGACAUGGCAGAGGUUGAACUAGUGAAUGACCGCAGAGAAGCCAGGGAUUUCAAUCCAAAACUGCGUGAAUUCCGAAGUGACGUUAUUAAUCAGAGUACUGGGGCAACCACUCUGGAUGUCAAGUACCAUUUUGAUGAUAUGAAACGUGCCUCAUAUACAAAACGCCAUUACUAUUACACUGGCAUUGAUAACACUCCAUUCACACUGGUUGUUGCACUGCCUGACCACUAUGGCUUAGUGUCUGUGAAUGCCCAACUAGAGAUUCGCCGGCAAUAUGCAGAAGGGGUUAAUGUAUCACAAUUCUUCCAAGGAGACAAUUGGAGAAUUCACCCUGACUGGAUAUAUUGCAAAUACCAUUAUGAUUCAGAACAUGAGUUUCCUUCACCAGAAGCAGAAUUUCGUCAUUUUCUGGUGAGAACAGGAAAUCCCAACUGGAAAUGGUUGAGCAAGCGUUCUGUUACACCUCCUGAACAUGUCGAGCAGUCUAACACAUCUGGGGGAAAAUCAGAAAAAUUGGACAAGGACUCAUAUUUCUGUGAUCGUGAACUGUUUCUGUCUUUGAUAUUUGAUGGUCGAGCAACAAAAGGGUUCUCUAGUAGAAACUUGAGUUCCAAUCAAGAAUCCAAGAAGGAGUUUCAGCAGAGGCUUGGUGUUACAAUUGCAUUUGUUGCAACUCAUAGUGGACUCACCAGAUGGCAGGAAUUACCUGGGGAGGAGAACAGAGAACAACUGCGAUUUGGUGACAUACACAACCGAGCAAUAGAUGAAAUAUGGUACAAGAGAGCUGUUGAGCAGCAUUAUGUGGAAGAGGACAGUUUUGUGUACUCUGUACCAUUUGAUGAUGGAGAAGGUUAUAGGAAUGAUACAUUAGUGACAGCUAGCCAUGCCAUUUUCAGUCACAAGUCACAGCCUGAAAACAAGUACCCAGUGGCUGUGGUUGGGUUUCAGUUUCGACACAUGUCACUACAUGCACUCUUCAAGAACAUCACCAGUACUUGUGAAAACUGCCGUUCGACUUGCGACUCAGAUGAGCUGGAGUGUUAUGUGCUAGACAACAAUGGCUACAUUAUUGUGUCAGAGUCACUCAAGGACACAGGAAAGUUCUUUGGAGAAGUUCAAGGUAAUAUCAUGGAAAUGAUGGUUCAAGAGGACCUGUACAAGAGAAUACGAGUGUUUGACUAUCAGGCUGUUUGCUUCAGAGAGGAUGGCAUAAAGAAUAAAGCACCAUUCCUACUUACACCACUGAACCAUCUGAAGUGGAUGCUGGAGUGGUUUGUUGGUAAUAUAGUAUGGCUGCUUCUGGAGGGUAACUUGAAGUGCCUGGGGCACCUCAGUUGGGCAUUUUCUUCCGAAGAUGAUUAUCAUGAUGGCUCUUAUAUACCUACUGAUACAACGUUUGUGGAGGAUUCAGAGGAACAGAAUAUGAAGCCCACAGAACCUCCAUAUGAGAAACUACAGAUUAACAGGACACGUCCUGAGCCAUGUGACAUGGAGAUGGACUUGUACAAAUUGCAGUAUGAUAACAAUCGAGUAUUUGGUAAGAAGGCAGAAGAAGGGUGUGCCAGGCCAUUUGUUGUUCAAAAGAUAAACUUCAGUAAUAUGGUUCUAGUGGUAGUGGAUACACUGUGCCCAUUUCUGGAAGAGAAGAAACUCAGCAUAGCGCCGACUGAAGUCAAAUACAAUCAUAGCCUGGCAUGUUUCAAGGUACACACAGGUGAUCUCCCUCGGAAAAGACCAAAAUCUUGCAUACGGGAGCACCCUAAGGAAAAAGAGAUUGAACUGUGUGGGCACGGCACACAGGUCGAAGAUAGCAUCCUGCCAGUUCUGCUUUGUUGGCUGAUAACUUUCCUCCUUGGUGGCAAGCACUAGCUGCAUCUUGGAGCGGACUUCAAAAUAAUGACUGUGAUAUGAUUAUAGAGGUACUAGUCCUUACUGUGCCAUACUGGCCAAUUCCAAUUUUUAAAAAUGUGAAGGACUCAUUGCUGAAGGGAUUGUACUUUAUAGACACAUCUCUGAGAACACAUCAGCUAUUAAUCCUUUGAAAAAUAGUGGUUACUGUAUGUACCAUCUGCUUUAAUGUUACGGAAACUCUGUAUUUUGCCCAUGGAAUGUAUUUAUGUAUUUCUUUUUAUUCUCAGAACAGCGAUGAUUAUCCUGAAGAGCAUUAGCUGGUUGGUUUCUGUAAUGGAAAUACAGUGUAUGAGAUUUCAGGUCCUCAUAGUGUUAUCAAGGGUACAGGUCUCUUCUAUGUUAUGCUUUGUAGUUUGGUAGUGGGUACCAGAGUUACUGAAAAUAGAGGGAAAAGAUUCCUUCCAGUUCCCUUCUACCAAACUCCAUCGCGGCAUAUCCUAGGAGACUAUAAUCUUGAGACACAGCUUGUUUUCUGUGAGGUAGAAACAAUUUUUACAUAUUAUUUACAUUAUUUUUUGUCUUUAAAGGGUUAGGCUUUAAGUAUAUGUUUAGUAACAUCUUUAUAACAUCUGUGGGAGUUUGGCAGGUGAACAGUAUAAACUUUGUCAUCAGUGCUGCUCUCACAGCCAACAUGUGUUUCCUGUAUGUCGUACAUCUGUUAACCAGGUUACUGUCGGUAUAACCUCUUUUAACCAGCUCUAUUUUGUAAUCUUAGAUUUUCUUACCUGGUGUUGAUCGAGAGACAUCCAUUUAAUUAUAAUCAGCAUUUCAGUAUACAUUGCACUUGCCAUUAAAGUAAAGACUCAUCUUUGUAGCUGCUGACAGCACUGGUCACCAAAAUGCAAAUACAACUUUAUAAGUAAAAGGGCUCAAAUCUUCCACUGGUUUGCUGGAUUUCUGCAGCAGUGUGCCAUAAAUGUUUCCUCCUCCUACAAGAAUGUCCUUUGGUAUUUCUACCAAUAGGUUUUUCUCAAAUGUUUACAUAAUAUGGGCAUUUACUGACAUGAAGGUUUCUGUUUUGGAGUUGGUUAAAAGAGGUUCUGCUGUCUGCAUAAUAAUUUUAUGUUAAAAAUAAACAUGGUUGUAUUGGUUGUGACAUUGGCAGCUGAAGUUGUCUGCUAAAUAGAAAGAAACAGAUAUUUUUGGAUUUUUAUCUAGAAGUAUCCAAAAUCAGAGGUUACAAACUUGUCAGAAGGGGGACAUUGUAUUGUAUUGUAUUGUAUUUUAUUUUCAUCCGUUUUGCUACAUAGUAACAUUUGGACACGUUGCCAGUCACGUUGAAAGGCAUCCAUAUUCAUAUGUUACCAUGCCAACAGUGUUGCCUGAUGUAUAUGUGUGAGUGUAUGUGUGUGUAUAUGUAUGAGGGUUUUUCAAUUGACAUAAUCUUUCCAGUAGCAUUAUGGCCUUGGGGUCAACUCAGCCUCUAACAGAAAUGAGUACCAGGUCUCUCCCUGGGGGUGAAGUGCGGCCAGCACGCGAGGCUGACGUCUCACAACCCUAUGGGUCUUCACAGCCUGUUACAGGGAUAGCAUUACCUGUAUAUAUAAUGUUCAGUUUUUACAGAGGAUUCCAUUGAGAAAGUUGACUCAAGUGGUAAUGCUUCUGACCUGUGUUUGAGGGGUUCCCUAUUUAAGUAUUUGGCAGAAGAGUGAUACUGUAGUUACUGGAUAAUAUUUGAUGACAAAGUACCUUGCACUAGGUACUGACCCAAUAUACCAUGGCCCAGUGGGGAACUCACCUUCAUAUUCAGGAGACUGCAGGUUCAAAUCUUAGAUCACAGACUGCUUGUCAUGACAGGUUUUUCAAGGCUUUCCUCAGCACCUCCAGGUAAAUGCUGUGAUGGUACCUUGAAUUAGGCAACAACCAUUUCUUCCUACAGCCUUUCAAAUUCAUUAUUUGUUAAUUUUAUCAUCAUUCAAUGUAAGUAUAGUCUGGGUGGGUGACAUCAUUGGUAAAUAAACCAUAAAUAAACAAAUUUAAUUUUUUGCUGGUAUCAUGUUUUGGUUGACAUGUCUAUCUCAUGCUGCACCUGAGACUAAGAGACUGAGAGCAUGUUUAAGUCAAGAAUUGGAGUGGGAAAUCAGAAUUCUCAAAAUACUUUUAUAAAUGGCCCACACAUUCAGUGAGACCUAUCAGAAGGGAGAAAUGUACAGACUAUGUUUCAGACUUGGCUGUUCACAACAGAAUGUGCAGUAGAUUUGGCUGGGUCCAUAGUAGAUGGGGACAUUCCUUUUGGCUGGUUAAAAUGAUUCCACCAUAAACCACUACUGAUUUCCAGAGCUACUCAUAGCUACCUUGCUACAGGUAGUCUCAGGGGGGAGAAAAAGAAUGGAGGGGUGGAUGAGGUGGUGAUGACCUUGACUGGUCAAAGGAAAUGUCCUGAACUUCACUGAGAUAUUCCAGCAGGGUAUGUCUUUACAUGUCAUGUCUUUCCUGGUCAUGUAAACCUACCACUGAAAGGGUUGACAGCUGACAGUCAAAAGUUGAGGUCCAUCUUGUUUUUACUUCAUGCUUUUAAUUAUACAUAAUAUAAGUUUAAGAUUAUCUGAAUCUGAAGUAAUUUUCUGUGAAAUAUGAAAAGAGAAAAAUUAUAAUGUUAAAAUGAUUUUUUUAAGUGUUUCUUUAUGAGACAGUAAAUUGGUUGUGACCUCUGCUUCUAACAGUAUGAAGAUGUUGGUUUUUGCAGAGAAUUAUGGUUAAAUGAAGAAACAAAAAUGUAUUUACCUCUGAAUGUCUGUGCCCAUGGUGAACCUAUUGUUUUAAUAGUUACAGAGGGCAUAGCAAUUGUCUGAAGGUACAAAAAGUUGAUGAUAUUAAAGUUUAUCUUGGUAAGUUUCUGAAAUAAAUUAUAGGACUAGUUUGUUAUUUCUCAGCUGACAUAAAGUUGAACUAUAGAAACUGCUGAACACUAAACAUUAAUCCAAUGUAUUUAUUCUAUGCAUCCUGUUGUGUAUAUAUGAUAUUAUGAUUUUUGUGCUCUCAGAAACGUUUGAUCAUUGUACAAAAAAAAAAAGAUUGAGAUCAAGUGAAAUUAACGAGUCAAUCGGUAUAUUAUAUUAAUCACACUAUAUGUUUCGGUCUCUUUUGACCAUCAUCAGGUAUGUAUGAAUAAAAUCAAUAAAUAUACAACGUUUAUGCUGAAUUAUAUGAUAAGGUGGAUCUAUUUUUCAGUCAUAAAAUUAAAAGUUUUGUAUAUGUUAAGGGUUGAAUAUAUGAAGAUAUAUUUGCAAUGAUAUAAUUAUUAAAAUUUAUAAAAUGUUGAUAUAUAUAUAUAAACAUGUAGCCAAGAUGGUGGUCAUAGUGUGCUAUGUUGUGUUCAUUUGCGGGGGGGGACCACGUGGUUGUAAAUUUUAGUUUAAAUUAUGUGUAUAGUUCUUAUAAAGGAACUUUAAUUGGAACUAGUAAGGAGGUUAGUCUAGAAGUAAAUGCAGAGGAAGGAAGUAUAUGUUGCUGUCUUGUCACCAUAGUGCAGGG